GAAUGAUUAGCAUGAGGGGAGCAGUGUCUGUGUGGCUGCUGGCGGUGGCUAUCGGUACCAUGGCAACCGGUGCGGAGCAGGACGAGCGUGACUCACGGAUGAGCGCCAUGGAGGAGAAACUAGACGCUAUCUGGGAGAAGUUGGACGGAAUGACGUCACCGCCGGCCUGCAGCUGCGACUGUUCGCAGCAGUCAGCUCAAACAGAACACCUAGCGGGAAAGGUGGAGACACUCGUCGGGAUGUUGAGUGACGUCAACGACACCCUGGCGGCGAGAAUGAGCGCACUCGAUCGGACGCUGGACAGUGGUCAGCAGACAUUGCAUGACGUCACCGCCGAGCUUGAGGCUUCCCUGUCCGAAAUCAAUGCGUCGACGGCGGCACUACUCUCGGCAGGUGGCGCUGCGAGCGGCGAGCAGACGAACGAGAUGCGGAAGUUGCUCGCCGACUCGCACACUUUUACUGGCUACAAGUUACUAGGUGAGACAAUAUCCAGUAUAGAUAGCCUCUUAUUAACGUUCUGA